UCCUUCACAAACAAGGUAAAGCUUGCCGUGGAGAAAAAAAACUCGAGCACCAACCAACCAAACGAGAGCAAGCAAGCGACCGGGGAGUGAGCCGAGCCGACGAAGCUUCUGGGCCACGCCGCCACAAAAGGCAACGCAAACCCCUCCCCCCUCGCCUCCAUGCCUCCCCUCGUUCCCCUUCACCUCCUCCCCUCACCCGCCUCCCUCUCCUCCUCCUCGCUCCGCCUCGGCGUCAGCGCCCUCUCCUCGUCGCACCGCCGCUUCCUCGCCCCGACCGCACCGGGCACCGCCAGCGCCAGCCGGGGCCUCGCAGCGAUGAGCUGGCUGGGGAAGCUAGGUCUAGGUGGCGGGGGCAGCCCGCGGGCGUCGGACGCAGCGGCGGCGGCGCUGGCGCAGGGGCCCGACGAGGACCGUCCGGCGGCGCCCGGGAACGAGUUCGCGCAGUUCGGGGCCGGGUGCUUCUGGGGCGUGGAGCUGGUGUUCCAGCGCGUGCCCGGGGUGACCCGCACGGAGGUGGGCUACAGCCAGGGCGCCGUCCACGACCCGGCCUACGAGGACGUCUGCACCGGCGCCACGGGCCACAACGAGGUCGUCCGCGUCCAGUACGACCCUGCCGCCUGCAAGUACGACGACCUCCUCGACACCUUCUGGACCAAACAUGACCCGACCACGCCCAAUCGCCAGGGCAACGACGUCGGGAGCCAAUACAGGUCUGGGAUCUACUAUUACACCCCGGAGCAGGAGAAGACGGCACGGGAGUCCCUGGAGCGGCAACAGAAGGUUCUGAACCGGAAGAUUGUCACUGAAAUCCUCCCAGCGAAGAAGUUCUACAGGGCGGAGGAGUACCACCAACAGUACCUGGAGAAGGGCGGUCGCUUUGGGUUCAAGCAGUCUGCAGACAAGGGCUGCAACGAUCCCAUCCGCUGCUAUGGAUGAAAGCACAAAAUAAGCAACAUAAGAGAGUCGAGAGUGCUGCCUGAAUAAGGAUGGAUCACAGCUGAAUUUUAGUACUCCGUACUAUUUUACAUGUAAGCAUAUAUAAGAGAGCUAUUUCUAUUGUACCUACUGCCUAGUGAUGAAAACCAUCGAACUUGAUGAAUUGUGUAGACAACAACUUAGCAGGCUUGGAACAUGAUAUAAUCCGUUUCAUUGUGGUUACGAAUAUUACAUUAUCUAUUUAAUUGGUUCAGGCUUGGAACAUGAUAUAA